CCCCCUCCCGCGGCCGUGUUGUCGCGGCGGCCCUGAGAUGGCGGCGGUGGCGGCGGGCGCGGCGGCCGGGGCGGCCCCUCAGCAGCAGCCGCCUCCUCCUCAGCAACAGCCGCAGCCGACGGCGGGAGGCCCCGGAGGCUCCGGGGAAGCGGGAGGAGGAGGCGGGGGGGGAGCUGGCGGCGGAGGAGGCGGCGGUGGAGGAGGGGGGGGAGCCGGGCCCGGGCCGGGGUCGGGAGCGGGCGGCGGAGGGGCCGGGCCCGGUGGCGGGGCCGGGGGGGAGUCGUGGUACCUGGCGCUGCUGGGCCUGGCCGAGCACUUCCGCACGUCCAGCCCGCCCAAGGUGCGGCUGUGCGUGCACUGCCUGCAGGCCGUGCUGCCCCGCAAGCCCCCGGCCCGCAUGGAGGCCCGCACCCACCUGCAGCUCGGCUCCGUCCUCUACCACCACACCCGCAACGGCGACCAGGCCCGAGGGCACCUGGAGAAGGCGUGGUUGAUAUCCCAGCAAAUCCCGCAGUUCGAAGACGUUAAGUUUGAGGCAGCCAGCCUGCUGUCAGAGCUCUAUUGUCAGGAGAAUUCAGUGGACACAGCAAAACCUCUGUUACGCAAGGCCAUUCAGAUUUCACAGCAGACCCCAUACUGGCACUGUAGGCUGCUUUUCCAACUUGCACAACUACAUACUCUUGAAAAAGACUUGGUAUCUGCGUGUGACCUCCUCGGCGUUGGAGCAGAAUAUGCUCGGGUGGUAGGAUCAGAGUAUACCAGAGCACUGUUCCUGCUAAGCAAGGGAAUGCUCCUUCUAAUGGAACGGAAGCUGCAGGAGGUGCACCCUCUCCUUACCCUGUGUGGACAGAUAGUUGAAAAUUGGCAAGGAAACCCCAUCCAGAAAGAGUCGUUACGCGUGUUCUUCUUAGUCCUGCAGGUCACGCAUUACCUGGAUGCUGGGCAGGUGAAAAGUGUGAAACCAUGCCUGAAACAGCUCCAGCAGUGCAUUCAGACCAUAUCCACGCUGCACGAUGAUGAAAUUCUGCCCAGCAACCCCGCUGAUCUCUUCCACUGGCUACCCAAGGAACACAUGUGUGUGCUUGUCUACUUGGUGACAGUGAUGCAUUCCAUGCAAGCAGGGUACCUGGAGAAGGCUCAGAAGUACACAGACAAAGCACUAAUGCAGCUAGAGAAGCUAAAAAUGUUGGACUGCAGUCCCAUCUUGUCAUCCUUCCAAGUUAUUUUGUUGGAACACAUUAUCAUGUGUCGGCUUGUCACAGGACACAAAGCCACAGCAUUGCAGGAGAUUUCCCAAGUCUGUCAGCUCUGCCAGCAGUCUCCCAGAUUGUUCUCUAAUCACGCUGCCCAGCUGCACACUCUAUUAGGGCUCUACUGCAUUUCUGUUAACUGCAUGGACAAUGCAGAAGCACAGUUUACUACAGCACUGAGGCUCACUACACACCAAGAGUUGUGGGCGUUUAUUGUGACAAACUUAGCCAGCGUGUACAUCAGGGAAGGCAACCGGCAUCAAGAGCUUUACAGCUUAUUGGAAAGGAUAAAUCCAGACCAUAAUUUUCCUGUGAGCUCUCACUGUCUCCGAGCAGCAGCUUUCUACAUCCGAGGUCUGUUCUCCUUCUUUCAAGGAAGAUACAAUGAGGCAAAACGAUUUUUGCGAGAGACACUGAAAAUGUCGAAUGCAGAAGAUUUGAAUCGAUUAACAGCGUGUUCUCUAGUUCUCCUGGGUCAUAUAUUCUACGUGUUAGGGAAUCACAGGGAAAGUAAUAAUAUGGUAGUGCCAGCCAUGCAGCUUGCAAGCAAGAUACCAGAUAUGUCUGUGCAGCUGUGGUCUUCAGCUCUGUUGAGAGACCUGAACAAAGCCUGUGGAAAUGCAAUGGAUGCACACGAGGCAGCGCAGAUGCAUCAAAACUUCUCACAGCAGCUCCUCCAGGACCACAUCGAAGCCUGCAGUCUUCCAGAACACAAUUUAAUCACGUGGACAGAUGGACCACCUCCUGUACAGUUCCAGGCACAGAACGGACCCACCACCAGCCUGGCCAGUCUCCUGUGAAACAGAAUUACUAUCAGGACAGUGUGUUUAAAAAGAAACAAGCAAAAAAAAGCCAAAAAAAAAAAAAAGGAGAAAAAUUCAUUGCAAAAAUCUUUUCUUCAAAGAAAAGGCAGCAAAUUCCUCUUCUAGUGAGGGCCUUGUAGGAAACGGAUUGCAUAAAGACAACGUACAUUUCAUAGACUUGCAAAGUGAGAAGGGCAUUUUAAGCUGCUUUUACAUAAUAUGUGUGAAUAUACAGCUAGUGUGUAUAUAUCUACUGGUUUUAAUCUGCUUUCCUCUUACUGAGAAAUAAGGUUUAGUCCAAAGGACACUUGUUCCUUAAAUUGUUAGAUACUUGCUUUUUAAAAAUUGUCACAGCAAACGAAGAGGACUUGCACAGUUCAGAACACCGAUUGUAUUCUAAAUACUUAAGCCUUCCCUGAAGUAUGAUGCAUGCCAGUUUUAAUGUUUUCGGUGCCCUUCCACUCCUGGGAACAAUGGGAUUAAAUCACAAUUGAUUGUAGGGUGCCCUAAAGUUCUAAAUUUAGCUUCUGAGGUAAUAUUCUUUCCUCUUCAUUGUGUGCAAGUCAUUGCCCGUGCUGUUCGUAGCCCUGCAGUGAAGGUAACGCUGAGGUCGGUGAGAUCUGAGUUCUGACGGACGCGGUGUUUGCAGCCAGGGGUGAGUUACGUUCCUCGGGGUGGCCUCCAGACUGAGCAGAGCAGGCUCGCGUUGUCACCAGAGGAGCCGAUUCCGUGUCCUGGAUUCAUGAGUCUGUGACAGUAUGUGCCACCGCUUUGUCCCUGUGAGGGUCUCUUCCUUCUUCCUCCCUGCACUGUCGAUGCCCCGUCCCCCCAGGGUAAGGCAGAACCACAGCUCUUUCCGUCUCUGCUCCUUCGUAGUGAUUUGUGCUGAAGGAGGAACUCUCUCCUCCUCUCUAGGCCAAGCAACCAGGAAGCAGCAUUUUGCACCUGUACUGCAGCCUCACCAAGGCAAGGCAGCAUCCGUGCCUUAAUGAUUUUCACAAACGAUUGACGGGAGAGUCAAACUAGGUGGUUAAAAGCCAGAUCCGACAGAAGCAAGAGGCUUACGAUAAAAAUUAAACUCUAGUCUUGCACUUGGCAAAACCGUACACUUCCAAAGUGUUUUUGUGCUACCGUUCCUGGUUCAUCUCAGUUUUUUGAACUCUUCAGCUGUUUAGGCUCCCUGGAUUUGCCUGUGCUGCUGCUGCUGUCCUGAAACAGGAGAGGCACGGCCCAAAUUUGUUCUGUAGAAAGCAGCACAGGAGCUGUUAAUGCCACGAAGCCCCGGCAGCUUUAUAGCAAGGAUCUGUGCCGGUCCGUUGUAGUGCGAUGUAAAGCUUGCAAGGCUCACGGGGUCAAAUAAAGGCGUUUUGCUCUCUUCAUAGCUCUGCAUAUUUAUCUCCCAGUUUUAAAAGGGAAGGGGAAAGGAAUCUGCUAGACAAGUUCCUUUUGUAGGGCUUUGCGUGAUUGUUUUUUUUGAGAGAGAGAAGGAGAAUGUUUUCAAGGAAAUAUUUGACCCCUUAAACAUUUAGGAUUUAUGGUAGGAGGAGCACUGUGAAACCUGCAUUUAAUGGUCAUUCUUUUUGAAAGCCUCGUCACCUGUCUCAACAGCUCACACAGACACCUGCACUUUAUAAUUUGAACCCCUCAGUUUUAACCACUGACUGAUAUAAAAGGGACAAAUUCUUGUCUAACCACCAGAACAAAAUGUUAUGCUUCCUCUGUCGGACAUGUGGUGGUGGUUGAGCUCCUGUUCUGUUACUCUCGCAGAAGCCGCGUGUCCUUUAGGCCCCGUUAAAUCCCCAACAGGGAAAACACGACCUCAAUAUUGGUGUAGGGACAGAAUAUUAUUAGGGUUGCAAGAAGAAAGCCCGAUGCCAUUUUAAAGUCUCACGUAUUCCCUAAAAACUCCCCAGAAAAGGGAAGCUGUGAAGUCUUUUAUUGUCCAGGGUGUUUGGAGAUACCAGGUACAGGCAGAAUCCGUGCGGAUAGGAACUAUUUUGUGUCGCUUGCCGCAGUGUUUGUCGAGUCGGAGCAUCCCGUGUCUGCCAGGCUGAGUACAGGUCCUGUGCCCUCAGGCGCUGCCGGUGUGGGCCAGCUUCCAGGUGAGAGGAGGUCGAUCCAGGCUCGCUCCACCGCCCGUCUGGGGCAGCUGGGCUGAGAUGGAGCAGUUCCGUAAGCUAAGCCGCUGUCACGGGCUUGGAUUUUGGUGGGGAAUGGUCAGGUUAAUUCCACCUUAGGAACAUUGAUACCCCACGGCCCUUAGGUCUUUAUUUUAUUGGUGUAUGGGAAGUGCUAUCUCUCUCUGGCUGUUCCUCUACUGAAUGCUCUCAGUCAGUCACUUGGGCUGCAAGGAGCCCGUGCCUGUUUUAAGCACCUAAAUGCAAUGGUUUUCUCAGCAGUGCUCCUAGCAGCUGAGGAAUGACUGCUAAACAAAAAAGGUAGUGCCCGUGUACUUUAAAACUUGCCAUCCAGAUAAUGCAGAUGUUCUCUUUUUAUCUGUCACCCGCUCUGAGGCUGUUCUUUGGCUGAUACAUAUCGAUGGCAACUAUAAUAAAUUACUUUAAAUGUUGGCCAAAAAAAGCGCUGCUCCUAUCAGGCAGUAUUUAAAAUUAAAAUAACAACAACUCUGGAGAGCUGUGGUUUGAGCUGAGUUUAAGCAAAGCAUCUGCAAGCAAGCAAGAUAUCCACCGGUGCCCGUGCGGGCAGCUGCAUCUCCUGAGCUUUCCUGCGAGCUCUGGGAGCUGCGUUGCCCAGGACUGUUACGGGAGAGAGUUUGCAGUGGCAAUUUUCUGGCUCCUCGUCGCGCAAACUAGGCUGUGUUGUAGUUCCAAUCCCUGGCCGGCCUGUUCUCAGGAGGGAAGGAAGUACUUGAGGGAAAGGCUGCCUGCUCGCUUCUGAUGUAAGUACGCUCAGGUUUUCACCAGGAACCACUAGCCAAGUGUGGUAGCUGAACUUGGAAUGGCAGGAAGAAGAACCUGGGCUUUCCCGGUGCGUGAGGAGCCAGCUUCACCCGGGCUUUCCUUCCGUGCAGAGUGGCACCCGGCCGCAGGGGCUGAGCCGAGGCGUUGACCCACGGCCCUGCGGAGCUCAGAACUCAGCUCCACCUCCAAAGUCCUCUUCCCAUCACAGAACUUCAAAAAUCAUGUAAAUUUGAAAAUAACUUGGUGAUUUUCUAUCUCUGAAACUCAAUGUACAUUUGUUACAAUGUACAGUGCUUUUUAACUACACUUGUAUAUUAAAUUAUUUAAUAGUUUUUGCUUUUCAGUAUCUUUUGUAUGUAGCAGAGAUUUAAACAAGGACCUCAUAACUGAAGUUCUUCCUAAUUUUUGAAUGCGUAUGUAAAGUUGAACAGAAAACUAGAAGUUUACAGUUUACAAUGUUCUGUUAAGUGCUUGGUCUGUCUAACUUGAUUUGAACAACAUAUUUCUAAUCUUUCUUGUCCGAUCAUUCUCUACGAAAGCAAACAUGAAGUCUUUUAUGAACUUCUAAAAAAAAAAAUUAUUCUUCUAAAGAUGUAAUUUAGAAAACUGUACAGUUUUUUCUCUAGUAUUUUUAAAUGCGUAGCGAGAACUUAAAACAGAAGCAUCUAAUCACUGUUUUGUAGAUAGUGUAAAAACUUAUGUAUGUAUAGAGAAUGCAGUCUGAAGAACAGUGUUUGCCUGUUGUGUUUCAUUUCCUACAGUAUGCCCAUCAGAAAGGCCCAUGUACACAGGAAAUCGGAUCAGUUUGGGGGCUGGGGGAUUUAAAAACAAAAAGUAAAAUAAAAAUUCAUCUCCUGUCAUCCCAUACCUGCACUCAGUGACACCACGAGCAGAACUUGGCAAAAUGUUAGGGCCUUAAGUUGUUACGCUGCCUAUAGACACAAGGGGUACAACUUACUCCGUGUCGCUCCACCACUUUGAUUUUUCUCUGAUUUCCAAUUUGCCAGGAAGUAAAAUUACGAUCAAAAGGGUACUGUGAUGUCCCAUUUUACUUUACUGACCUCUCCAAAUCAUGCCGAGCGAACCUGUUUCCUUAGUGUAUGGCAGUUCUGGCCACAGGGCUGAGAACUGCCGCGUGAGAGGAAGCCCAGCCGGUAGUUUAGGCUGUGCAGAACACUUGGAGAAAUCAGGAUGAAAUAACACCUGUCUGUGCUCUUCUACUGUCUGUCUUAGCAAGUGUAUUUAAUUGUUUCCUGCAGUGAACUUUUAAAUGUUAUGUCAGGUUUGUACAAUGUAUUGUUAAGUGUUUGUAGUUCUCCAUAAGUAGCAGGACGUGUACCUUCUGCCAGUGCUCCUUUCCGAAGCUGUAAAUACAGUAACUCGUGUAAUGGGAUGGAACCAGGGGCACUCGUUCUUGCCUUUGUUUCCUCUCGUUUUCUAUAUUAGAAGAAUUUUUAAAUAAAGUUUAAUUUUACUUCUUCUA